GGUGAUGCAGUGUGUUUUGAUUCAUCGGCACCAAGGUCUUGCUGUUACAGUUGCUCGACUCUAGACCCAACGCUGGUAAUCUUUCCGAGGGCUGACGCAAGCUCGACAAGUGAUCGAUGCUGGAUGUGACAUUGGGAAUGUUCGAGUCAAUGUGUCAUUCCAGUUCCAAGUCUUGCCCAGGGCUAGACAAGGUUCUCCGGAUCUCCUUGCCUGCAUAUAAGUGUACUACCCUCCGCCACGGGCAUGUCUACGCCUUUCUUCGUCCAUAUCUUCUUCAAACUUCUUACACAGCUGGUCUGAUUUUUCAACACUUAUAUUUUUAAUUUCAUCUAUUCACACAGUCAAGAUGCGUGCCUCAACUGCCUCCAUGAUCCUGGCCUUCUGCGCCAUGCUUGCCGCCCAAGCCACUCCAUCCACGACGGAUUUCGAGUAUGACGCAGCUGGAAAUGAAAUUGAGAAGAGAGGAAACUGGGAAUAUGAUGCCGCUGGAAACGAAAUUGAGAAGAGGGGAAACUGGGAAUACGAUGCUCAAGGAAACGAAAUUGAGAAGAGAGGCUCAUUCGAAUACGAUGCUGAGGGAAACGAAAUUGAGAAAAGAGGAGCAUUUGAAUAUGAUGCGGAAGGAAAUGAAAUUGAGAAGAGGGAGCCAAAGAAGAAGGCCAAGAAAGCCAAGAAGGCUCGACGAAGUGUUGAUGCGUUCUCCUACGACGCUGAGGGGAACGAAAUUGAAAAGAGAGACUCAUUCGAAUAUGAUGCUGAGGGAAACGAAAUUGAGAAGAGAGAUCCAAAGAAGAAGGCCAAGAAGGCGAAGAAGGCUCGCAGAAGUGAGCCAUUUGAAUACGAUGCGGAGGGAAAUGAGAUUGAGAACUAACUGAAGGAUGUUGCGGAGGAGGAGGGAGAGGUUACGAGAAUGGAACAGUGAUUCUGAAUUUCUUUUGUACCAUGUAAAUUGGCUUUGAGCACGCCACAAAUUGCUUGACUUUGAGAGAAGCGCUCAUAAAAUAGAGAAUAAACACCACCCAUCCCUCC